AUGGUGAGGCCCAGAAUUCCAAAAGAGGUCAAGAAGAAGGCGGAGAGGUCCGUCAAGGACGAACCCCAUCACGAUGACUACGUCCUCUGCAAACGUAUUGGAGACGGUGGUCUUGAGGUUGUCACGGAAGGAGGGAUCAACUGCCGACAGUUGCUACUCAACGAAGGCGAUGAGAAUCAAGUCCUUGCAUAUACGAACACCUCGAAGGAGGUGCAGAUUCGACCUGCGGAGCGCACCGUCGCAUCAUCGAGACUUGCGGCCCUCAGUGGCCACAUCCCGCAACCGAACCAACAAGAUAUGGACGACGUCCACCACAACAUUGACGACUGGAGGCCAGCUCCUCGAAGCAUCGCUUCGACUCAGUCGUCGGACACCUCCAAGUGUGAGACAGAUGACGAGGUCCCGCCAAAGCGCACCCCAACGUACAGCUUCAAGGUCUCCGACACCGAGAAGGUUAAAGACUACCUGUACGGCCGGCUCCAGCUGCUGCAGCAACAGGCCGACAAGCAAAUCUCCAAAGCCUGGAUCAAGGGCAUCUGCCCGAAGAAACAAGCUCGCUACCCGUACCAGAACAGCAUCAGGAAGGAAAGGGAAGGCAAGGACCCAGAGGUUCCGGAGUGGUGGCCCUCGGAGGUCUGUGUGUUCAGAGAACCAGACCACAUCCCAAAAGAGUCUCGGAUGAAAUUGUGCUUGCAUCUGUUGCGUCUCCGACCAACGCCAGAGAAGGCCAGAGAGUGGAGCGGAAGCACGGAGAGGACGAGCCUCACCGACACCCACGAAUUUUAUGGCUGGACGGAGUUCCUCAAGCAGAUGACCCCGGUCUCCCUCUUCGAUGGCCUUGAGCCCGACAAGACGGAGAAGAAGAAGCGUCGGGAGAUCGUUCUGGACCUGAUGUACAAGGUCGCUGACAUGGAGGAGCGAUAUUUUCGGGACGAACUGGACGGUGACACCAUGAUUCAAGUGCCGGAUGAGCGUGAGCCGACGACUGCCACCAAGCGAUCCAGGCCAUCCUCCACAGCCGGAGGCAGGACGAAGAGAGCCAAACGCGAGGUCGUGGUCGCCCACGCGUCACCGCAGGGCCAGCUAGUGGAGGACAUGUCGAACGCUUCUCUCGUCGAGCCAGCACGCGGCAGGAUGAUGCACCCCAAGCCCUUGCGGGAUCAGAAGAUGGAUUACAGCCGCGAUCUAGUACCGCAAGGCACUUCUGGCCCUGUCCCUAUCACCGGUUGGCGUCCGGCCAUAGCCAGGCAGUACUCCGAUCACUCGAUGGUCGAAGCCGGACCCUCGACGUUCCCGCGAUGCUCUUCGGUCGACUGCAGCGUCGGCACCUUCGUCCAUAGCCAGGCGCCCUCACCCAUGAACGCCUCCUUCAACUCAGCCCAGUCUGACACCCAUGACAGCUUUGUCCAUGGGCAUCAACAAGAAAGCCCAAUAACCUUCCCGGGCAACCACGAUUACACCAACCCAACACACGGGAUGGUCCAUAACUUCCAUGCCGACCAAGCUCACCGUGUACCUCAACCACAAUUCGACACCGUGCCCAACACUCCAAUGUUCUCGCCCAUGCCGCUCGGUCAGGCUCCUUUCCCGGGCUACGACGGCAUGCAACAAUGUCAACAACCACUGGAAACGACAUACGUGGCCGGCUCGCAGCGCUACGUCGUCGACAAUAACGGCAUCAUGCAACCACAUCCUGCUGCCGAGCCCAACGGCCUUCCAUUUGCCCCAGCCGGCUUCGCAGUGCCAGAGCAGCAGUAUGGCAUCGCCGGCGCUUUGCAGCAUGCUACUCAGGAGGUGUACGACUACAAGCCGAACCAUCAGUGCCCGCAUCAAGCAUUGCACGGCCUUCCAGCUGUCUAUAAUGGCCUGCAGCACCCACCGCCGAACGAGGUCUCGGAGUAUCCGUACUACGAGCACAGGUCGGACGGCACCUACCCAGCAGCUGCACUGCCCGGCUCUGUCCACCGUGGCUUCACGGGACAUGGUUCUGGUAUUGGUGGUGGCGCGUGGACGUAG